CAACUCCACCUGCAUGAAAGCGCAACGUCGACGGCGGAUUGCUGCACACAACCUCUCUUGCGUCACCGAUCAAAGGUCAACAAAGACUUACUGUGCAGCGCGCGGAACUGUUCAGCUGGACAUUCUUACUGGCAUAUCGAGAAAUACACUCUCAGCGCGGCCGUCGAACGCUCCGUCCAGGACCACGAAGCUCUUCCCUACCUAAAACGCGCCAACCGUCAAUCAGCGAACGGUUUAUGCCGGGACUCAUAGACACCUCCGGCGCCAUGGGCACUGUGGGCGCAGCAGCAGGCAUGAAGAGAGCGCUGGCCGGUGAAGCGGGAGCAACACAUGCCGAGCGGGCCUUGAAGAAGCGCAAGGUGGAACAUAGACUGCAGCACACCCAGCCGAUCGAGCGCAUCGUCGAGUUUAUCAGCACCGAGCACGAUGGCACGGGUACCACGAAGGAGUUCUUUGAUAAGCAGCUGCAGCGCGCGAUCGCGGUCGAGUGUCGCGCCGCGGGGUUCGAUGUCGCGGAGCCCCAGGCUAUGGAGAGGUUCCGUGCAAUGACCGAUAUAUUUAUGCGCACAUUCCUGGCCCAAGUCCGCAAGUCCAUGUCGAGCGCGCGGCGCACCACGAGCGUACCGCACGAUUGGAUAUACGCCCUCAAAUCCAUAGGCAUCGAAGGAUCCAGCAUGUUGGAGAAGCAUCUCGACACAGGAACCGUCCCUCCGUCGCUAUUACAACCGCCGUUCGAGCCUCCGGUACCCGCAGAUCCGCCGCCUCCAGACCUCGAAGCGUUGCUUGGCCCGGAGUUGUCUGGAAGAGAGGAGAAGGAAAGCAGAAAAUACAUACCGCCGCAUCUACCGCCAUUUCCGCCCAAGCAUGCGUGGAAGGCGACGCCUGUGUUUACGCCCAGGGAGAAUGACCCUCGGAGGAUCAGGGAGAAGGCGACCGAGGAGGGCAUCUUGGCGGAACAGUCACUGAGGAAGCUGAUGGCGGCGCAGAAGGCCGGGCUGCAAGGGAGCAAAACGAAAAAGCAGCGGAAGUCGGCGAGGAUGAAGGAGAGCGAGGCCUUGUGGCAGGAAGCCAUGGAGGAUGUGAUGAGGGAAGAAGAGAAGGAAGCGGAGCAUCGACAAUACCUACAACAUAUGGUGGACCAAGAGGAACACCAGUACGAGAUGGACAUUGACCACAUCCCUAAGCCAGCAGUAUCCAAAGCGGACCGGGGCAUAAGUUUGCAGGAGGGAGUUCACAUCAACUAUGAGCAGAAGUUCAUGAGGCAGGCAGCGAGAGGGUUAUGAAAGUAGUCGGGAGGAGCAGACAAAGGGUUUUGGCUUUGAGCAUUGCAGAGACGGCGUUAUGGGUCACAGCGUUGUACAUUGGGUACUGCAUUGCAAUGGCGUUCUGGGAUUACUAGGGAGCCCUCCGGUGGCAUCAUUAUUCCUGUGCUAUGGCGUCGGCUUGAGGACAGCGUUGUAGCUUUCUCUGCUGUUCAAUAAUCUACAAUAUGGUAAUUUGGAGAUUCUUCCAAACUCUGCCGAGAGUACCACCC